UAAGAUAACACCUUCAUUCGUAUGACAUACACAAGCGGAUGCGACUAAACUGUGGUUUAUAGUGGAUAUUCAGGUAGAUUUAUCUUGUAUCCGAGGUUGCAUGCGUUUUCACAUUAUUCCAACCUAAUAUCGCGUUAGUGGAGAUUACACAUAGUUAUAUAUACUAGCACCAUGUCGACCAAAGAAUCACGGGCGAGAGCCUUGGAGCGAAUUAAAGCCGCCAAAGAGGGACGUGCGGUUCAGAUGGAGCUGAGUGACAGCGAAGAGGAUAUCAUAGAGGAUGUCUCUGAGGAUGAGUACGACCGCCGCAAGAAAGCCAGUGUACUGGACGAUUUUGUGGUGGAUGACGAUGGUCGUGGGUAUGCUGAGGAUGGACGUGACUGGUGGGAACACGACGAUGAUGUAGGCAGUCAGACAGACAGCGAUGAGGAUGCGAAGCGGAGUAAGACAGAUAAGCGGAAGAACAGAAAGGAUAAGAAGGAAAAGAAGAAGAAAGACCCCAAUCAAAGAUCUAUUAAUAAACUCUUCUCGGCGAUGGGUGCCAAGGCCGCCAAAACCGCGGCUGCCACUCCAGCAGUAGAUACUGUGGCGGUACCUUCGGAUGACUUUUUGUCUGGGUUGCUUUCCGAUCUGAAUGAGGAUCCUCUGGCGAAGAAGGCGGGCCGAUACGCACACCGCAACAAAUCCAGUGGCAAGAAAACUGCGGCCGACAUCGCUCUGAUGGGCAGCACCUCUGCAGCAAACGAGCUCUACGACAAACCUGCACAGACGAAUGAAGCCAUCAAUUUGUCUGCUGAUCACGGGUCUGACGAUGAAGAAGAGCUCACAAGCCGAUACCAAAAACGAAUGGAAGCCAUUCGGGAGAAGCGAGAGAGAGAUGCCAGUGCGCGUGCGAAGGCCGAGGUGACAGCCCCGACAGCAGUGAAGGCGGAAGAAAUGCUUCAAGAUUUCGACACAGACGAGCCCGGAUCUUCGUCCCCCUCACUGAACACGGUCAAAUCUGAAGCGAAAGCCGAGCCAGUCGCUAAAGCAGUGCCAGCUGCAGCCAAAAAAGUACCAACGGCCGUUAAGCGAGAGAUCAAAGUGAGAGACUUCGAUGAAGACCCAGACGAGGAGGAUAUUGAGUUAGAAAGUGCGGCGAUUAACAACGAUCAGGAUUGGUGGCAAAUUCGGUCCGAAACGGUCCAAAAAGAAAAACUCGAGGCGCAGCAACGAGAGAAGGAGGAAGAGGAACGCAGAGAAAAGGAGCGCAACAUUAUGGCGACCAACGAACAAGGCGUGCGCAAAGCCUUUGUAAAUAUCGCCACGCUGGCACCCUCGCAAUCCGCAAACCUGCCCACCGUGACAGUCAAAGCCGCCAGUGUUCAGAAAGCGGAUGCCAGCGAUGAGGAGAUGGAUACCGCCGAACCUGAGACAGAAGAGCAGGAAGAAGUGUUCCGUUUCUUCUACAUGGACAUAGUGGAAGAGCCGUAUAAGAAGCCAGGCACAGUGUUUGUGAUUGGCAAAGUGUGGAACCCCAGCACUGAGGAGUUUGAGAGCGCCUGCUGCACUGUGAGAGAUAUUGAACGCAAUCUGUUUGUGCUGCCGAGGGAUGUAGAAGUGGACAACAAGGGCAAUGCGACAGAUAGACAGGUGUCUUUCCAAUCCGUUUACAAGGAAUUUGAUUCGGUAAUGGAGCGAUACGGCGUGCUCAAAUGGGAGGCUAGCAUGGUCACGCGUAGCUAUGCCUUUGAGUAUGCUGAUGUGCCCUCAUCAGCCGAGUAUCUCAAAGUCAAAUACCCCAUGACGUCGCAGCAACUGCCCAUGGAUCUCAGCGGCCGCACAUUUGCGCGAGUGUUUGGUACCAACACGAAUGCUUCUGAGUUGUUCUUGCUCAAACGCAAACUGAUGGGACCUUCGUGGCUUGACGUGAAGGGGUUUAAACGCUCGGGCUCUCAGCUGUCCUGGUGCAAGUGGGAAAUCGAAGUCAACGGAUACAAAAGCAUAGCCAAAACUACAGAUCCCCCGCCAGUACCUGUGUGCCGGCUGGCGGCUAUAUCUCUCAAGACGGUGCUGAGCAAGAAGACGCACAAGCACGAGAUUGUGGGUAUCAGUGUCAUCACACACAAGGCUGUCAACAUUGAGGGACAGACCGAAAACCCCGAAGCCGAUUUUGAGUCAUUCAGUGUCAUCCGACCACUGGCCAAUAGUCCCUUCCCCUUUGACUUUGAGAGCACCGUCAAGCAGCAGCAGCUCAACAUAACCUGCGCCAAUAACGAGCGUGCGUUGCUGAGUUUGUUCAUCGCCAAGUUCCACAAACUCGAUCCGGACUUCAUAGUUGGGCACAACCUGUUUAACUUCGAUCUGGAUAUCCUAUUACACCGCAUGCAAGACUGCAAGGUGACACAAUGGAGUAAAAUGGGACGUAUGCGCCGAACCGUCAUGCCUAAGCUCAGUGGCGGCAACGACGGAGGGGGUAGUUAUGGGGAAAAGCUGGUUAUAGGUGGUAGGCUGGGUGUGUGUAUGUGGACCUCUGCGCGUGAGCUGAUUAAAGUUCAAACGUACUCGUUGGAGGAGCUGGCGUCGACCCAACUGGGUAAGGAGAGACAUCGCUUGGAAUUCGAUCAGAUCCCAAAUAUGUACGGCGCCACUACGAAUCUGGUGCAACUCAUGCGCCACUGUGAGAAUGACGCGUAUCUGAUUGUGUCGCUGAUGUUUAAAAUCAUGUCCCUGCCCCUCAGUCGGCAAAUCACCACCUUGGCAGGCAACCUAUGGGCACGCACUUUGUCCGGUGGUCGUGCGGAGCGCAGCGAGUACCUUUUGCUGCACGAAUUCCACGACCGCAAAUAUGUACUACCCGACAAGCACAAGAGUAAGAAGUGGACCAAUAAAGAGGACGAGAAUGAGGAUGACAAGUCCAAAACCCAUCCGAGGAGGAAAAAAGCUCAGUAUGCGGGUGGGUUGGUACUUGAGCCCAGGAAAGGUUUCUACGAUACAUUCAUUCUGUUGUUGGACUUCAACUCGCUGUAUCCGUCAAUUAUCCAGGAGUACAAUGUGUGCUUCACAACGGUUGCUAAGCCCACAACAGCCGAGGAAGAAAAUGCGAUCCCGGAUGUACCGGACUCGGGGCUGGAGCAAGGAGUACUGCCAUAUGUGCUCGCGACACUCAUUGAGAGACGUAAACAGGUCAAGAACCUCAUCAAGACGGAACGUAACAAAGCCAAGCUCACACAGCUCAACAUCCGCCAAUUGGCAUUCAAGCUGACUGCCAAUAGUAUGUACGGUUGCCUGGGCUUCAGCCACUCGCGCUUCUACGCCAAGCCGCUUGCCGCACUGGUUACCAGCAAAGGCCGUGAGAUUCUGGAGAAUACAGUCACCUUGGCGCGGACAUCGCUGAACCUGGAUGUGAUCUAUGGAGACACUGAUUCCAUCAUGGUCAACACCAACAAGAAAGAUCUCAAGGAAGUCAUGGAAAUUGGGCGUAAGGUGUGCAAGGAAGUGAACAAGCUCUACCGUCUCUUGGAGAUUGACAUCGAUGGCGUGUACAAGUCAAUGCUGCUGCUGAAGAAGAAAAAGUAUGCUGCACUGGCCAUACACGAGAAGGACGGCAAGUUCACCACUGUACAAGAAACCAAGGUAUAA